AUGAACCAGGAAGAGCUCGAGACGUACGAGUACCAGCUGUCGCAGAUCAAGCUCGGUCUCGUCAAGGACCCGAACAACACCGAGCUGCAGACGCUCAAGAGCGAGCUCGAGGACCUCAUCUCGCUCACCCGCCAGUACCUCGGCGCUCAAGCUGCACCCGCCCCGCCGGCCGCCUCGUCCUCUUCGUCCGCCGCACGAGCAUCCUCAGCACCAUCGCCAGCACCGCGCGCCUCGCCCGCCUCGGGCCGACCCGCCACCCUCGGUGCCGCCCCGUCGACCUCGUCCACCACCUCGAGCGCGCCGCAGCACAAGUUCGCGACGGGCGACGACUGCUCGUGCCGGUACAGCGACGGCAAGUGGUACCCUGCGCGCAUCACGAGCAUCACCGGUCCGGCCGACCAGCCGAUCUACACGGUCGUGUACCGCGGGUACGACACGCCCGAGUCGUGCUCGGCGGGCGACGUGCGGCCGCUGAGCAAGUGGGACGCCAAGGAGGCGAAAGAGCGCGAGGCGCAGCAGCAGGGCGACAAGCGCAAGUUGAUGAGCGCCGCCGGGCCCGCCGAGCUGAGCAAGGACGACGUCGAGAAGGAGCGCAAGCGGCGCAAGAACGAGAAAAAGGCAGAGACGCAGAAGGCAAAGGCCGAGGAGGCGAGCUCAAAGGCCAAGAGCUGGCAGAGCUUUGCCAAGAAGGGCACGAAGAAGGGCGUGCACAUCCCGGGCGUCGCAGGCGGCAGCAUGUUCCGCUCUCCCGACGACGGCAACCCCAACGCGAAAGUCGGCGUCGUCGGUGGCGGUCGCGGCAUCACGCAGAACACGCAGCGCAAGCGCCAGACGUUCCAGGAGGGCGGCGACGACUGA